AUGUUUGCCAGACAGGUAUUCCGCCCGGCCAGGACGCUGCACCAGCAAGUCCGCCGAUAUGCAUCUGAGGCGCCCAAGAGCGGCGGCAACAAUGGCGUUCUUUACACAGGAAUUGGUGCUGCUGGUCUUGCAGGUGCCUACUUGUUCUUGAGGGGUGGUGAUUCACCAUCAGGGCAGAAGGGCAAUGCACCACCAUCAAAGGAGGCCAACAAGAUCCCUUCCUCAACUGGUGGCCCUGCUAAGAAGGCCUUCACCGGAGGCGACCAAGGCUUCCUGUCGCUUGUGUUGGACAAGUCUGAGAUUGUCAACCACAACACCAAGAAGCUGACCUUCAAGUUGCCUGAGGAGGACAUGGAGAGCGGUCUGCCUGUAGCUUCUGCCGUCAUCACCAAGUACAAGGGACCCGAAAUGCAGAAGCCCGUCAUUCGACCGUACACUCCCAUCAGCGACGUAGACCAGAAGGGCACAGUGGAUUUCAUCAUCAAGGCUUACCCCAACGGACCUAUGUCGGAGCACAUGCACAGCAUGGAGCCUGGGCAGCGACUGGAUAUCAAGGGACCCAUUCCAAAAUUCCAAUGGUCACCCAACAAGUUUGAGCACAUUGCGCUGAUUGCGGGUGGAACUGGUAUCACCCCCAUGUGGCAGACAGCACGCGCCAUUUUCCGCAACCCUGAGGAUAAGACUAAGGUGACGCUCGUAUACGGCAACGUGACUGAAGAGGACAUUCUGCUCAAGCGCGAGUUUGAAGAGUUGGAGAACACUUACCCCCAACGGUUCCGGGCCUUCUACGUCUUGGACAACCCACCAGAGUCGUGGCAAGGCGGUAAGGGAUAUAUUACCAAGGAGCUUCUCAAGACAGUGCUUCCUGAACCAAAGGAGGGAGAGAAGAUCAAGCUGUUUGUUUGCGGACCCCCUGGCAUGUACAAGGCCAUCAGCGGUGGCAAGAAGAGCCCGUCUGACCAAGGCGAGCUUGACGGCUACCUGAAGGAGCUUGGCUACAGCAAGGACCAGGUGUACAAGUUUUAG